AUGGCAGCCGCGGCAGGGAUGCUCGAGCUGCCCUUCGUCCGUGAUGAGCAGCUCACCCAGUGCAUGCGGCUGCGAUUCCAGAGCCUGCAGCAAAAAAACAUCAGGCCCCAGGAUGGCGAGAAGCUGCUGCAUCCCAACGAGUAUGUCUACCGAGUGGAUUUCAUCCGGCAGCACAGCCUGCGCUUCCUCCGCUGGGACAUCCGGCUGGAGGGACCUGGGAAGGUCACGGUGACCGGCACCUCCCAGCACUGGACUCCUGAUCUCACCCACCUUAUGAACCGGCAGCUCCUGGAGCCAGUUGGCAUUUUCUGGAAGAAGCCAGGGGCCAAGGAGGUGGAGUGCAACGAGGCAGAUGCCCAGGAAUUUGGGGAGCGGGUAGCGGAGUUAGCCCAGAUCCGCAAGGUGAUGUAUUUCCUCCUCGCUUUCACGGACGGCCUCGAACCAGCUCAGCUGAAGGGCUCCAUUGUUUUUAAAGCCUGA